UCGACAUUCAUUGACAAUUGAGAUGGAAAAAAGGAAUCCUAACAUGACUUUUGUCAGUGGAGCUAUGGAUCGCACAUUUUCCUUGCGAAGGAAAGAAAUAGUUGAACAGGAACCCCAUGUUAACUUGGUGAAAAACAGAUGGCCAGCUCUCUUCCUGGAGCAUCAGGUGAACUGUGAAUUUCAGAGAAUAACAAUGGUUUACCUCAAGAGAACAUUCCUGGAUGCUGUUGAGAGACACACCCCCAAACUCCUUCAGAUGUUUAGAAGAAGAAGAGCAUAUUUUGGUGAAGAGAUGCAGACACUUCUGGACUCAUUGGAUAAGCAGACAUCAGACAUUUCCAUGCACAGAAGAACCGUGGCACUCAGAGGCCUUCCUUUGUUUCUGAGAGACCAUGGAGCAGAGAAGAUUUUAAGAACAUGCUUGAACACUGAUCCUGAAGAAGGCUACACCAAAGAUGUGAAGAUGGCCAUCAUGACUGUGGUUGAAGAUGAUGUAGGGGCCUCUGCUUCCUUACCACAUGUUGAAGAUCAUGCCAUCAUACUAGAGGAGAUUGUGGUAAUGCACAACAUCUGUGAUUUGCCAAAUGCAUUUGCACUUUUUUUUGGCCUCUUGUACGCACUCAAUUUCCAGUACCCAAAAGAGUUGAAAUACACGUGUGAGGUGAUUCAGAAAGUUUUCCUUGGACUUGGUGAUGAUUGCUCAGCAAGAGUUCAGUCAUUCAAAAAUAAGCUCUUGCAGUAAACAACAUGCCGAUGCAAUAUGUAAUGGUACAUUUUAGAGAUGUUUCAAAGAAAGUUUUAAAGGAAGUUUAAAGAUGUGUUGACAUUAGAAUUAUGUUCAGUUUUGCUGCAAUACCUGUUUGACAGCCACAUGUAAAAUUUGCUUUGAGUGUUACAACCCAAUGGACAUAAGCAGAGUUUAUGGUACUGCAUUGACUGCAUUUGCAAAAACCUUCGAAAAUAAUAAUUUAGUUAUUCAUCUAAAAUCUACUGCGGAUGUUAAAAAACAGCAGAACAUUCCAAGGGCUCUUAGUGGUUGCCUACUUUGAUUAUUUUGUGUUUCAAGUGGUCUGUCUGAAUUACUUUUUUGUUUUGUUUUACUACAUUUGACAAAAAUGUUUGAGAGUUGGUGUGUUUUUCAGCUGUACAAUCAAUACCUUUUCAUACAUAAUUUGCUAACAUCUGUUACAAAC